AUGCUGGCGUCGAAAGCAGCACCGCUUGAGUUUGUCGAGUGGUUCGAGGCACACAGCUUGUCUGCUACUCAUGAUCUGGCCUCGUCAAGUGUCUCGCCCAUUUCGCUGGGCGAGCUCCUCAACAUUUCUGAGAGCAGAGGGGAAUCAGAAGAAAAGAUUGGCCUGAACAACAUAAAGCUCAAGGAAAAAGACCAUCCAGCAGGCAACGUUGACUUCCGCAGAAAUUUAGCUGCUCUCUACUCUGCUCGUUCUGGAGGGGUCACUGAAGAUGACAUUGUGGUCACGAAUGGGGCGGUACCAGCCCAUUAUACAGUGUUCCACUCUCUGCUGGAACCAGCAGAUCAUGUUAUUUGCCAACAUCCUGUGGAUGAGCUGCUCUACAAGCUUCCGGCUUCUCUAGGAGUCGAGGUUACACUAUGGGAUGCAGACCCAGCAAAGAAGUGGCAGCUCGACAUUGAGGGAUUGAAACUUUUGAUCAAGGACAACACGAGAAUGAUUGUGAUUCAGAGCCCAUGUGAUCCUACUGGCGCGAUUGUGCCCAAGCCCACUCUCGAAGCUCUCGUACAAGUGGCAGAAGAAAAGGGUAUCCUGCUUCUAGCCGACGAGACCUACAGACCGCUCUUUCAUUCCAUUUUGCCUUCCAGCGACGAUUUUCCCCCAUCAACAGUCAACAUGGGCUAUAGGAAAGCCAUUGUGACAGGUGCAAUAAGCAAGGCAUACAGUCUUGCGGGUGUUCGUGCUGGCUGGAUCACCUGCAAAGACAAAGCCAUCAUCAACGCCUGCAAACAAACCAGGCGCUACACCUCGAUGUCAGCAUCAAAGCUUGACGAAGCUGUGGCGGCUGAGGCUGUAAGCGAUAGAUGCAUCCAUGCGCUGUUAGGACGGAAUAUCAGAUUAACUCAAACAAACCUAGAACUCCUUCAAGGAUUCAUUGACAGCCACAGCUGGGCCUGCUCCUGGGUGAAACCACUGGCAGGGACGACUGCACUGAUUAAAUUCCACAAAAUGGGCAAACCGGUCGACGACGAAGCAUUCUGCUUGGGCCUCCUUGAGAAGGAGGGUGUCCUCAUCAGUCCAGCCAGCAAAUGUUUUGGCGACAAGCAGAAGUUCCGAGGACAUGUGAGAGUGGCUUUCGGUGGGUCAACAUCUGAUCUCAAGGCUGCUCUGGAGGCAUGGAGCAGAUUCAUGGAAGAGCACUAUGAGUCGGUUCCGACGGUGUCGAGCAAAUAG